AGUUCUUCGUGCGUUGUCCUGCUGUGUGGUGUAAUCGGUCCAGCGGAGCUCUCAACGUGUUAGUCAGUGUUAAAAAAAAAAAUAUAUAUAGCAUUAAAAAUAAAAGAAUUAAUAAUUUAAUUAAAAAUACUUAAAGAAAAACGAAAUCCGUUAAAAACUCCGACGCCAAAGUAACUUAUCAGUAAUUGUAUCGAUGUACCUUGUUUGUGAUAAAUUUUAAGUGUAUUUUUUUUUUGUCUAACAUAAAAUAUUAAAAUCGCGUGGAAUAUAACUCAGCUAAUGCGCAUAAGACUACCGAAAAUAUAUGAAGGAAUGGAUUAUAUAGAAUUGAAGUAAAUGGAAAAUGACCCCAAAAACGGUGACUGAUGUUAUUACUGCUGUCUCUGCUGCUGGUACAAAAACAAAUAGUCCGACAACAUACAAGCUGAGCAACAACAACAGCAAGCCAACACACAACCAAUGGAAUGAAAUUAUGAAUCUUUACAAAUGUUAUAAAAUCCAAUAAAAAAAUACACAUACAUACAUUUCUAGCUACAAAUGUGUGAGUACGUGCCGAUGUGUGCCAAAAACGAAUUGAGCUCGUAAACAGCGAAUUAAAGUGAAAACUGGGCGUAGAAACGCGUUGCAAACGAAAAGUGUAGCAUAACUUUAGGCGCAUACAUGAAUUGCCGUGAAAUUAACGCGCGAAGCAGAUAAGCGAAUUAGUGUGUAAAGGUGAUGAAAAAAUAAGUGGUAACGGUGAGCGCAGAGUAUUGCUUAGUGGCGAGUGUGAGAAGUACGAGCGGGGGCUGUGGACCAUCCAUGAAGCGGUAAUCAACUUUCCGUGAAAUAUACCGGCGACCAACCACGAGUGUACAAAAACAAUAAGUUAGCAUUACAAACAAACAACAACAACACCAAACGUAAGCAAUCAAAGUAAAAACAGCAACAACAGCAGCACUAACAACAUGAAGGGCUUAGCAGCAUUUAAGGAGAAAGCAACGGGCGCUUUUAGUGGCAUCAAACCGAAUAUUGAAAAAUUUGAGAUCUCCAAAAACUAUCAUGGCGGCUAUGGUGGUUACGAAGAGAUGGAGGACGGCGAUAAGAUCGGCGACGGCCCCGGCGGCGGCAUACCAUACGAUGAUGAUAGACCCGAUUCGCCAGCCUCUUUCGAGGAGAUCGAACGCCCGCCAUUACGUAAAAUCGAUAAGUACUGCAAAGCCGAGUGUCCUUGCUUGCCGGCGCGUUACACGAUUGCCGUGAUGGCUUGUGUUGGCUUCAUGAUAUCGUUUGGCAUGCGUUGCAAUAUGUCGGCGGCAAAGCUGAAAGGAGAACAAAAUCAU